CUUCUCUCUAUCAUUACACACGAUAUGUCUGGCAAAGCUGUUUCAAUGGCGACUUCAUUUUCUAUUCAUUAACGCCACACAUAACAUCCUCAUCGCGUAGGAUCCAGAAACCGAAACCAUGGGUCUCUGUUUCUCCUCCGCCAAAGUCUCCGGCCGCCAACACCGCAGCCCCCGGAGUCCCAACCCACCACAUCAUCCCCUCACCGUCGCUAAACCCAGACCGCCACAAUCCCCAUGUUCAUUCCUAGCCGUCACGAUCCAAAAAGACCACAAGACCCAACCGCGACGAAACGCCGCGACGACGCCGAAUAAGAAAACGCCGCCCCAUACGCAAACGCGACAGACGCCAACGCACGGGAAGGCGAGAGAGAAGGUGAAGAGACACGGAGAAAAGAUCCCGUACGGAAAGCGCGUGGAUUUCGGGUACGCUAAAGAUUUCGAUAACCGUUACACCAUCGGGAAGUUGCUCGGACAUGGCCAGUUCGGUUAUACAUAUGUUGCUACCGAUAAAAGAACCGGAGAUCGUGUCGCCGUCAAGAAAAUCGAUAAAGCCAAGAUGACACUGCCGAUAGCUGUGGAAGAUGUUAGGAGAGAGGUGAAGAUACUUCAAGCUUUAACUGGUCAUGAAAACGUUGUUCGGUUCUACAAUGCCUUCGAGGACAAGAACUCUGUUUAUAUAGCCAUGGAGUUAUGUGAAGGUGGUGAAUUGCUGGAUCGGAUAUUAGCCAAGAAAGAUAGUCAUUAUACCGAAAGAGACGCCGCCGUGGUAGUGAGACAGAUGCUAAAAGUUGCAGCUGAAUGUCAUUUACGUGGUUUGGUUCAUAGAGAUAUGAAACCAGAGAAUUUUCUUUUCAAAUCAACUGAAGAAGACUCGGCUCUAAAAGCUACAGAUUUCGGUUUAUCAGACUUCAUAAAACCAGGCAAGAAGUUUCAUGAUAUAGUAGGGAGCGCGUAUUACGUAGCACCUGAAGUAUUGAAACGAAGGUCAGGACCCGAAUCAGAUGUGUGGAGUAUCGGUGUUAUCAGUUACAUUCUUCUCUGCGGGAGACGACCUUUCUGGGAUAAGACUGAAGAUGGUAUCUUCAAAGAGGUAUUGAAGAACAAACCUGACUUCAGAAGAAAACCGUGGCCAACCAUUAGCAACAGCGCCAAAGAUUUCGUUAAGAAGUUGUUAGUAAAAGACCCAAGAGCUAGAUUAACAGCUGCACAGGCAUUAUCGCAUCCAUGGGUUAGAGAAGGAGGGGAUGCAACUGAGAUUCCCAUAGACAUAUCUGUUCUCAGCAAUAUGCGUCAGUUUGUGAAAUUUAGCCGCCUCAAGCAAUUCGCCUUAAGGGCUCUUGCAACGACGCUUGAUGAAGAGGAGUUGGCUGAUCUUAGAGACCAGUUUGGUGCGAUGGAUGCCGAUAAGAAUGGAGCCAUUAGCCUUGACGAGAUGCGGCAGGCCCUUGCGAAAGAUCAUCCUUGGAAGCUUAAAGAUGCACGCGUCGCUGAGAUUCUUCAAGCGAUUGAUAGCAACACAGAUGGAUUUGUGGAUUUCGAGGAGUUUGUUGCUGCUGCGUUACACGUAAAUCAACUAGAGGAGCAUGAUUCUGAGAAAUGGCAACAGAGAUCAAGAGCAGCAUUUGAGAAGUUCGAUAUAGACGGAGAUGGAUUUAUAACAGCCGAAGAACUCCGAAUGCAUACUGGCUUGAAAGGGUCCAUUGAGCCACUACUUGAAGAAGCAGACAUUGACCAUGAUGGUAAAAUCAGCCUCAAUGAGUUUCGUAGACUUUUGAAAACUGCGAGUAUCAAAUCAAGAAAUGUUAGAAACCCUCCUGGUUAUCUUGUUUCUCGAAAAGCCUGAAAGAAGUUUACAGUAUCGGAGAGAAUAUACAAAAUCAAGAUCAAGAAAGUUCUUGAAUCUUUUUAUCUCUCUUGUGUAGAAAAAGAUGAGGACCGCAUGUUUUAAUGUGUUGUUGUCACAUAUGAAAUUUUAUAACCACUGAUAAAAAAUGGAUAAUCAUAUAACCAAUGAGAGCAAUAAUGUAAAGGUGAAUUUAUUUGUGUGAAUAGGCACCGUAUGAUCUA